AUGCAUUUGCAUUUUGCAGUGCUUGUUGACAUUCAUUUCAUUUCAUUUGUUGAUGUCGAUUUUACAAACCCAGUUGCAUGCAAUAUCUUGCUGAUUCUGGGCAUAAAAUUUCAAUGGCAUCUAUUGCUGCACUUUGUCAUCGGUUUGCAUUGAAUAAUUUUAGCGUAAAUACGUUGAAUACGGUUCACAAUUUUGUUACAUGUUGAUGUUUGACUUUGAUUUGAGUUUGAGUUUGCAAUGAAUGACCAACUCAUGAACAUGACUUUGACUCUUUCGAGUUUAACAUUAAUUAAGUAUUCAGCAUAUCUCCGAUAAGAAACCAUAGCAAGCAGAUUAGCCAUGUCUACUGGUAUAGAACAACUGGGACAGAUGUCUCAAAGACAGGAUAGACUGUCUACCUCGGAGGACUUGGACCUCUUGUUCGAUGGCAGAGAUCCGAUUCUCUCGGACGAAAUGAUCUUCAGUCUGGAUAUCAUCCAAGACAGUCAAGAUGGCGGCCUUUCCUUCGCUAACUCAUUUGAUCUGGACGAUACUGACAUUCUAGAGAGUCUGAUGAAGCCAGACGACACAACAGAAACCAACAUCGACUGCGUCCCCUCCCCGGACUUCCACCUCAGAUCACCCCUAAACAGCGACAGUGGAAUAUCCGAUGACCAGAGGUCACCUGCCAGCAGCCACGAGGGUGAGGGUCACGUGACUGACCUGACGCUAGAUAUGAUGGACAUGUCCACUUUCUUGGUGGGUUCCGAUGCCAUGUUGACCAUCGACACAGGGUCCACAACAGUAGACAGCUCUGGUAUGGAUAGUCCUGACAGUUUCACAGAUGCAGCUUUCACACACACUAUCUCUUCAUCACCUACUGGUUCAAGCAAGAACAUCUUACCGAUGACCCAGAAGGAUGUUUCUAUCUCAGAAAAGCUCCAUCCCAUGCUUGUAUUGAAUGAGGAGGAGAAGAGAUUACUGAAAGAAAUGAGCGUCACUCUCCCGACAGAUGUUCCUCUCACAAGGGAGGAGGAGAGGAGUCUCAAGACGGUGAGGAGGAAGAUCCGCAACAAGGCCUCCGCCCAGGAGAGCAGAAAGAAGAAGAAGGAGUACGUGGACGGCCUGGAGCACAGGGUGUCCACAUGCACCAAGCAGAACAGAGACCUCGUCAAGAGAGUCCAGGAGUUAGAGAACAACAAUCAAACACUUCUCGGUCAGCUUAGGAAACUCCAGAGCCUUGUUUCCAAGACCACAAGCAAAACGGCACAGGCCAGUACAUGUAUCAUGGUUCUGUUGAUGUCCUUUGCUCUCCUGGUAGCACCAAGGUACAACCCAUUCAACGGAGACUCCUCUAGCCUUGGGUCAUCUGCAGUCAAAGGUUCUGCACGUACUCUCCUACACAUCAAAGAACCUACUGAGUUUCCACUGGAUGAGGACAUCUCGCAGAGUCACUCGCCAAAGAUGAUCGUAAAAUCACUUAACGCGGCAAACACGUCACCUGCUUUUGAUGAGGAAGAGCGGAUGGAAGAAGACGUAGGAAUGAAGGACCCCGAGCUUUAUCUGUUGCCGGUUGCUGUGGAAACUGAAGAACAUGUGAAUAGGUCGGAUGUGCAUACGGUGCAGCUGGACGGACACGUGGAGCAACACACAGAAAACCAGGCAGAUCAGUACACGACGACAGUUGUGCAACGAAAAAUACACCUGGUCAACGAUGAGAUGUAGCGCUUGAAAGCCAAUAAAGACCUCAGUGACUUUCUUAUAUUGAAAGCUGAUAGUACAAGUACUGUAAAUGGAACUAUGAUGGAAGUCAGACACGGCAUGACACAAAGGCGCAAAGUAUUUGCUCCAGUCUUAAUUUUUGCUAGUUUUUACUGUUUUUUGAAACCACAAUGUCUUAGGAUCUGUGAAUGAAAGUACACCUGUAUUUUUUCAUGUAUUCAAGAUCAACCUAUCCCCUUUGCUCUUCUGUGGAUACCGUCAAACACUUCUUUAGCAAUGAUCCGUAUAGAAAGUCACCUGUCUAUAAAGACUGUACUUUAUGUUUCUCAUUGAACCUUGCGUUCAAGGAAACUUACCUGUCUAUAGAGACCACUUUUAGUGGUUCCCUUUGGCGGGUCUUUCUGUACAGUUUGAUUGUCAUCACAUCUCUACAAGUUGUUUGAAAUACUGAGCCAGUGAGCCUGUGAUGUUGUGCUUUUAGCUUGGUAGUUCACAAGGGAGUAACUACAUUUCUCAUGACACACAAAUUCUCCUUUGAGUACUGGUAUAUGUAUAAAUUACAGCAUGAAUGCUUGAGAAGCUGUAACUUGUAUGUAUCAGAGCAGUUAUGGACCACUUUCUAUUUGGAAACUUGUUUUAUUCACCUUGGGGGUUUAAUUUUCUCAAAGUUUUCACAAUCCCACAAUUUUCAAACUCCUGUAGCGUAAUUCAAAAUGAUGAUAAUUUUCGCACUUUCAGGUGUUUUCACAAUACACAAAUGUACCACUGAUACUCUCUUUAGAUUAUAUAGGUUCACAAUAGUUCACUUUAUUUAGGUUCAUUUUGAAACAGUAAUCUGGUCUUUAAUUGAUGUAGUACAGUUUCUCCUUAUCUAACUUAUCAUCACUUCUGUUGAUAAAAGUGCUCAUAAAUACAUGUACAUGUACAUGAACAAAUGAAGCAACCUAAACAAACUGUGUGCUUGAAAUAGUUAUCAAAUAAUGCUCAUGAGUAAUACAGUCAUGUCAUUGUUAAAAUACAGAAUGACAUACAAUUGUAUUUAAAAUCAUAGAUUCUUGUCUUGCGAGAGGACAAGAAAAAAUAUUAAAAUGCUAUGAAUCUAUUACAAAUUCAAACUGUUAAUCCCGUUCAAUCAUGCCAUCCAUUUCAGGUGCUCUUCAUCUAAUUAUUAAAAACUAGUUUUCUUUGCAGUCAUUAGGCUUCAAAUGGCCUUACAUUAAUUUGUGUCCUUGCCAGAAACUAGGAAUGGAAGUGUUAACACAACGUCCCAUAGUUAUAUGAUUCAUUUUGAAUGUUUUUAAAAUCUUAAAUGUGCAAUUACUUAUCAUUAUGCUUGGCCCUAAUGAUUAACUGUCCCUUAGGACUAUUUGGAAUAGGCCUACAUGUAGAUGUAUGAAGAGAGAUACCAAUAUCUACUAUGGUUGUUUGUACAUAUUUUCUGUAUAUGUUGAUGUAGAUAUAUUUUGCUACCAUGUUAAAACCUAAAUGGCUAUUUAAUUGUUAUGCGAUGUAAAAUAUACAUGUAAGUGUACACUUCAGAGAAAGAAAGUAUUUUAUAAAAAAUGGGAUUGGGGGGGGGGGGGGGGGGGAUACAUUAUAUCAAUGAGCAUGUAAUUUUCUCUCACCAGUUGAAGGUUUAUCAGUACUGUCUGUAUCUGCACAAUGCACAGAGAUUUUCUCCAUUUGAUAUUCAAACUUUUUACUGAAUGUGCUCCAAAAAGAUAAUAUCCUAUCCCAGUUUAUCAUGGUAAAAUCUACCUUUUCUCUUUUUUGUAGUAAGCAGUUGGAAUCUUCAGGUACAUGUUGUGAUCAUGUAUAAUGUAAGACUGCUUUCUAUGUUUAUAUUCUCAUCAUGACCCUCAAUUUUCAGGAAAUAAAUGUUAUAUGGCAGAAUAUUUGUAUCAGAAAAGACAGAUUUUGUAAAUAAAAUUGUGAGUAAAAUUAGA